AGUUGUGAAAACAUAAUCAUCGAACACCCAUUUCAACGCCUUGGCUCUUCUUUUUGCUCAUUCACAGGUCCAAUUAUUGGACUUCACCAAAGCAAUUUUAACAUGAUGCGCUUUUGACAUCGUUGGAUGAAAAGUCUUUGACAGGGUAGGCGGAGGUUGGAGAGUAUUGGGGGAAGUCUGGGAAGGAUUUCCUAACGGUCUCUCUAUCCUCAUACUUGAUCAUAUUUCAGGAAGUAAUUUGUGUGUUAUACAUCAGCUGUUCCACUGUAACCAGGCUAUAUUAUGGUAGUGCUGCCGUGAGGCUGUUUCAUCGACCCGACACGUUCAUCGCCUGUCGGGCACCAUGACCUACCAACGGACCUACGGCAGUCAGAAGUUUACUGUGAUUUGGAUAGCGCUUCAAGCCCUGUCAAUCACAAUUAGCCGCUGUGAAGAUGUGCGCCCUAACAAGAACCUUGAAGGGAAUAUCUUUAUUUCAACCAAUCAACAGAGGUCUACAGCCAAGCAGAAACGCUAUGAGACAACAUUACCUCUCUUAUUGGUUGGAGAAGAAUGGCGACCAAUAUCUCUGCUCCAAUCCAAGAACCACCCGGAUUCUCUGAAGGUGCUGAUUGAAGCGGAUGGGGAGCAUCUGCUUCUGGCUCUGGAGAAAAACCACGGGCUGUUUGCAAGUCACUACACGGAACAGCACUUCCUGGAAGAUGGCAGUGUGGUCAACGGAUCUGACAACUGUACGGUGAACUGCUACUACCAUGGAGAGGUUCAGGGGCAUGUCCAUUCUGAUGUCAUCCUCAGUACCUGCUCUGGUCUCAGGGGCUUCAUCUCACUUGAAAAUGAAUCGUUUAUUUUGGAGCCACCGGCAGAUCCCUCUGCUGGAUCUCUCCACAGGAUCUACAGAGCAGAACAAAUCAAACUCACCUCUGGGACCUGUGGUCAUGAUUUCAACAUAUCGUGGCCUCCUGGAGACAACCACAGCCAAUCAGACAGCCCCUUCCGGGUCUUCAACACCCGGCACAGGAGACAAGCCCAGAGUGCCACCCAGUAUGUGGAGUUGAUCAUCGUCGCUGAUAACAGAGAGUUCCAGAAACAAGGGAAGGACGUUGGAAAGGUCAAACAGAGGCUGGCUGAGAUAGCCAACUACGUUGACAAGUUCUAUCGUGCCCUGAACAUCCGUGUGGCGUUGGUUGGGUUGGAAGUGUGGAGCGACCAGGACAAGUGUCCUGUCACCCAGGAUCCUUUCACCACCCUACAUGAGUUCCUGGACUGGAGGAAGCUCAAACUGCUGCCCACCAGGCCUCAUGAUAACGCGCAGCUAGUCAGCGGGGUGUACUUUCAGGGCACCACCAUUGGCAUGGCGCCCAUUAUGAGCAUGUGUACAGCGGAGCAGUCAGGGGGCAUCGUCAUGGACCAUUCAGACAACCCACUCGGAGCCGCUGUGACUCUGGCCCAUGAACUGGGCCACAACUUUGGGAUGAACCAUGACACCCCGGAGCGGGGCUGUGGUUGCCGGGUGACGUCGGACCGCGGAGGCUGCAUCAUGACCCCGUCCACAGGGUACCCAUUCCCUACCGUGUUCAGCUCUUGUAGUAAGAAGGAUCUAGUGGCCAGCCUGGAGAAGGGGGUGGGCAUGUGUCUCUUCAAUAUGCCUGAGGUCAAGGUUCUCUACGGGGGGCAGAAGUGUGGCAAUGGAUACGUGGAGGAAGGGGAGGAGUGUGACUGCGGAGAACUAGAGGAGUGUCUGAACCCUUGCUGCAACGCGACAACCUGCUCCCUGAAGGCAGAGGCGGUGUGUGCCCACGGGCAGUGCUGCCAUGAGUGCCAGCUGAAGCCGGCCGGGACCCCGUGUCGGGAUUCCAGCAACUCGUGCGACCUGCCCGAGUUCUGCACCGGCGCCAGCCCUCACUGCCCCGGCAACGUGUACCUGCACGACGGGCACGCCUGUCACAACGUGGACGGGCACUGCUACAACGGGAUCUGCCAGACUCACGAGCAGCAGUGCAUCACUCUCUGGGGGCAGGGAGCUAAGCCUGCGCCGGGGAUCUGUUUUGAAAGAGUCAAUUCUGCAGGAGAUCCCUAUGGGAACUGUGGAAAGGAUUCCAAGGGAUCCUUUGCUAAGUGUGAAGCUCCUGAUGCAAAAUGUGGAAAAAUACAGUGUCAAGGAGGGGCCAACCGGCCAGUGAUAGGCACAAACGCUGUCUCAAUAGAAACCAACAUACCCCUCCAGGAGGGGGGGCGCAUCCUGUGUCGGGGAACCCACGUAUACCUGGGGGACGACAUGCCCGACCCUGGCCUCGUCAUGGCUGGGACCAAGUGUGGCAAUGCCAUGAUGUGUCUGAAUCGCCAGUGCCAGAACGUCAGUGUCUUUGGGGUGAACGAGUGCUCUGGGAAGUGCAGCGGUCGCGGGGUGUGUAACAACAAUAAGAACUGCCACUGUGAACCUCACUGGGCUCCUCCGUUCUGUGACAAGGCGGGCUUCGGGGGGAGCGUGGACAGUGGGCCUAUGAGGCUGGCAGACCACGGCGGCGUGGCGGUUGGGGUUCUGGUGGCGGUACUGCCCUUCCUGGGGGCUGGACUCAUCGUCUGUGUCAAGAGGAAAACUCUGGGGGGUCUGCUUUUCACCAACCGGAAGAACGCCAUGGAAAAACUCAGGUCAGUAGGAACUAACAGGCCGUCCUGUCCAGCUCAGAGCCCGGCCCAGUCCGUUUACAGGGUGUCUCCACCACGCAAGCCUACCAACCUGCCACAGACACACAACACCGGCAUCUUCAAGCCUCCUCAUCACCUCCUCCCUCCUGGACAACUCUACCCCUCCCCAGGGGUCCCAUGCCCCUCCCACAGCCUGUGCCACCUACCCCAGUGCCCCCCUGUUCACCUCAGCCCCCCCAUGCCCCUGCCUCUGACACCCACACCUGGUCCAGGACAGCCCAGACCCCCAGCCCCUCCUCCUCAUCGGGCCCCGCCUCCACAAACCCAGGCUCCGCCCAGAGGGGCGUCGUUCCGCAGCGCGCCACAGCGCCGUAACUCCUGCAGGAUGGUCACGGAGUUAGAGAAGCCUAGUCCACCUCAGAAGCCUCUACCUGCUGACCCCCUAAACAGAAGUACCCAGAAGCCUCUGCCUGCUGACCCCCUGGCCAGGAGUACCCAGAAGCCUCUGCCUGCUGACCCCCUGGCCAGGAGUACCCAGAAGCCUCUGCCUGCUGACCCCCUGGCCAGGAGUACCCAGAAGCCUCUGCCUGCUGACCCCCUGGCCGGGACUACCCAGAAGCCUCUGCCAGCCAACCCUAACCCCCAGGGAAGGAGUGCUCGUCUGACGCGCACCCCCACAACAAUCGGUCUCCCCGUUCCUGUCCCAAUGCCCGGUAUCACCAGGCCUCUGAAACCUGCCCCCCCCCACCACAACAGGUCUGCUCCUCAGCAGCCCCCGACGCUACCGAAGCCUCGCAUGGUGGUUCACGCCAAGUUCACCAGCUGAGGUCAGCCGGACCAAACUGAAGGGAAGUCCUCUUGAGGAGACGAUAAAUACAUUUGAUCAUUUGCACUAGGAAACUCUUAAAAACCUUAAGAAAAGUCUCUGAGUUUCAAAUAAGGGGGACAGAUGGUCGGCACGCUGGUCUCCCUUGGUGCUCUGAUUUCAGAACGGUGCUUUAGGUCUGAGCUCAGGUACAUGUAUGUCAAGUAUUUAUGUUUUGUGUAUUUAUUAAUGAGUCAUCACACAGUGCAAUGUGCCUGCCACUUUGAAUCACAGUAGCGUUUGGGAUUUCAUGUUAUUGUUUUCUUGUCGUUGUUGUUCUGCUGUUUGCCAUGUUUUAUAUCAGUCACAUCAGCAGAUUUGAGCCUGUUUUAAUGGGCAGACAAGGAAAAGGGAAACAGUACAAGACAAAGACCUAGUCUCUGGAGAUCUGCGAAGUUGUAAUCCACCGUGCGAGAUAUUUUUUAACUGGAUGUAAAAUAAAGGGAAACCAUUGAAUAGGGAGAACGCCACACUCUAUAUCGACCGACCCUAAUGACUGACAGAAAUGACUGAUGGAAGGACUCGCAUAGCACAGCAAGUGUCGGUGGACCAUGUUCCCACGACAUAACAUUUGCCCUCGUUCCCACGCCAACAACCUCUGGCUGCGAGCCCUUGGACAUCACAGGUCCAGUUCGUUUAGUUGUGAGGGCUGAAGAGAGGUUCUUAGUGCACGACAUCUGACCCAGGAGCAAUGGAAACACUCGGUAUAGCGCCGCUGUGCUCGUGAACACAGCUGAGAUCCACGUACAACUGCUGGGCGAUAUAAGAGAACAGCGUUAGCGGAGAGGACUGUCCAGGCUACAGUCUGGUUUGUUUCGCUCGGUCCAGGGCAGGGGAACCAGGACCUGGACCCAGGUUGCCAUUUCGAAAGUCAACGGUGUUGACAAAGGCUGGUACUCAUUCAAACCUGUCAUUCAAAUAUUCAAGCACUUCUGAAUCUGAAAAAGUACAAGCAUAUCUGUCAUCCUGGCAGCAGACAAUUGUAUAUCUUUGUUGGUGUGUUGUAUUCAUUUCUCCAUUGCAAAAGAGCCACUGCGUAAAACACUGCAGUGCGGUUUGGAUUUUGUUAUAACGACUUCGGGGGAAGAGCGCGACGGGCACGGGACUGUGACCCGCGGGUCACGCGUGAAACACGUCAGCACUCCGUCAUCCUUCAUCCCAAACUAAACCGGACCGAAGGGAGAAUGGUGGAGAACUGGAUUCAGAGAGCUACACAUGAAGGCCUCCGUGAAACACUCUGGGUUCAUCAAAAGGCCACCGUCACGCUUUCCUAAACGAUUAGCUGGAGCAGAACAACCUGUACAUUCAGGAGGGGUCAACAUUGGAUGGGUUCGCACUCAGAAGGAUACAGCUUUCUUCAUUUUCUUUCUGAUGCAUCAGGACAGAUGCUUCCUCCCUGCAGCCCCCGGUGGUAUGAAAGCCCUCUGAAAUAGAAGGAAACCGGCAGGCCCUGGGGCAUCGAUCCCAAAGGAGCCACCGCGGCACAACUCUGAGACAGAUCCCUCAGAAAGGCCUGAGUCAGUGGGGGUUCAGCUCUUACCCCUAGGCGCUCCAAAGCCCGUCCGUGUUCUGUUUUACCUGAGCACCCACCCAGAUCUAUCCCCGCUGUCGGAGAAGAGAAGUAAAAGCAGUGGAUAUUUCUCAGUGUCGGGUUGAAGGUGCUUAGUGUCUCCUUCUGGACCUCUAGUCUGUCUGGAUGGACUGGUGGUAACUUUGAGAAACCCAUUUACCUGGAGCUGUGAGGAACAUCAAACUCACUAGAAAAUUACACAAACCUAAACCAUACAGCUACUAAAUUUUACUAAAAAGUAACCCGUAGGAACCUCUUCAGGACGUGAGAGAACCAUUUACUUGCCAAUGAAAUUAUUUGUGAGCUGUUACUCAUCGUGAAACAAAUUUAACCAGUUGUUUACUUGACUGUGAUUGGGUGUUACCACUGAGCCAAUACUGGACUCUGAUUGGGUGUUGCCACUGAGCCAACACUGGACUCUGAUUGGGUGUUUACACUGAGCCAACACUGGUUUGAUUGUGUAUUAUGCAAGGCAGGGGCCAGGUUCAGCAGCCAGAUGUUGAUAGCUGUCCGACCAAUGGAGCUGACGAUUCCUUAUUCUGCGUGUCAGACAGAGAUGUUUAUUUCAUCUGAACGUCCUGAAAGGCUGCUCCCUUUUGAAGCAGUUUUUUUAUUUGCCAUUGUGCUUAUGCGCUACAAUGAGUGCAUCCUUCAGCCUGCACCAGGCUUAAAACUCCAACCAUGUUAUUACACAGUUAUUUCCCAAGUCAUUAGCCAUUGCAAAACUCCAGCCAUGCUAUUACACAGUUAUUACCCAGACUAAGAUACAGUUAUACAAGUCCCAAUAUGAUAAUACACAAUUCUUAUUUUAGAAGUCCUGACACAUCUUUGUCCUGUCUUUCAUAACAACACUCGCAGUAUGUAUGAGUAUGUUUUAUACUACAUUAUUUUAUGUUUUCAUUACAGUGUUAAGAUCUUUGACAGUAUUGUUGACAGUAUUGUUUUUCUAUACACUGUGCACAUUUUUGUUUAAGCACACUACAAAUCAAAACCAGAUGUUUUUGUUAAUGUCUAUAUAGUAUUUCAUUUCUAUGCUUUGGGAGGCUGAAAUCAAUUGUUUCAUAAUCACUUAUGCAAUGUCGUUUCUAAUUAUGGUGCAGUAGUUUUUUGUUUUUUUCAGCCUUACUUUGUUUACUGUGCUGUUUGAAGCUCUCUUGUUUUCUAGUGUGUAUUCACGCCAUUUCUGUCCUGUGUCCUACCUGUGUGUUACAGGUGAACACAACAUGUUAUUACGGACAGAGCUUUUUAUAUUAUCAUUAACUGAUACAUCAAAUGUAAAGAAAUACACUUUAGUGUCGUGGUC